UAAAACAAUCGCUGGUGGGCAUUUUGCGCUGAUCUGACAAAUAUCAUCGACUUAUUGAGGGGUGUUGAAUCGCAUUGCCAUGGCGUCCGGAGGGUUUGUGCAGGCUACAGUGCUGCUGCUGGCGGUCCAGCUGCUCUGUGUGGCUGCAGCUGAUGCGGAGCAGGAGACGGGGACUGUCAUCCCUGCAGAGAGUCGUCCGUGUGUCGACUGUCACGCGUUUGAGUUCAUGCAGAGGGCACUGCAAGAUCUAAAGAAGACCGCUUUUAAUCUCGAUGCCAGGACUGAGACGCUGGUGCUGAGGGCAGAGAGGAGGGCUCUGUGUGACUGUAUGCCCGCCAGCUCACUGCGCUGAAGUCUGCACGUCACAGUCACGAGAGAUCACAUGAGGACACUUCCA